GAUGUUAACCACACAAGGACUGCUCUUGAUCUCAAUGUGCUUGACAGUAGUAUGCAGUAUGUCCUUGUUGGAUGCAUAUCGCUCUGAGAAGCAAACAGCUCGAAGACAAGGAAUGUUGAAUGUACGAUUUCGUCCAGUUAUGCACCUCAGAGGUGAUGAUGACUGGCGGAAACAAGUUGGUGCGGAGACUCUAACCGACCAGAUGAUGGAUGAGAAUGGAAUUGUUUUUAAUGUCCGUCCAACGACGAAUAGUCAUGUGCCCAGUGUAUUCACUGGGCCUACUGGUAGAGGAGCUCGAACUGGUCUAGGAGUGUAAUAAAAACCAUCAUUCAUUUCACUUCUUCCGCAACAUACACUCACUUACUUUAACAGGUUCUGUACAAAUGUGAUUUUAUCUCUUGUUCAUAAUUACUGAUUUAUGGAUAAAAAUUUUUCACCGGA